AUGUCAGCAGGAAAUUACGUCCAUCCAGCCACAUAUCCUAACCUGUCUGACGAAGAAAUAUCCAUCGUCCAGCAGAUCCACGACUUUACCGAGGAGUAUUUCCGCAAUCCACGUUUCGACGCAUCUCACGAUUUCGACCACGUCAAAAGAGUGGUGAACAACGCUCUUGUCAUCCUCAAGAAAGAGGAAGAGGACCGAAAACGCAAAGUUCUGCCGGCAUUGAAUCCCCUUAGCGUCAUCCUUGGGGCAUUGCUUCAUGAUGUCGAAGACAAGAAAUACAUGUCCACAGAUAACAAAGAGUCACCCUUAAAACGAGCCAUUAUAGAUGCUGGAAUGUCUGAGGAUUAUGCGGUGCAAAUGCAGAUGCUGGUGAAUGGGGUAUCAUUUUCUUCCGAAGUGAAGGAUCCACCGCGUGUAAGACACCUCAUUGAAAUCAUCCCAGAACUGGCAAUUGUUCAAGAUGCCGAUCGACUCGACGCCAUCGGAGCAAUUGGAAUUGGCCGAUGCUUCACCUUUGGCGGUGCUAAGGGCUCCCAGAGGUUGGAUAACUCUAUCCAACAUUUUGAGGACAAGCUGUUGAAGCUUGAAGGAAUGAUGAAGACCGAAACCGGGAAGGCGAUGGCCCAGGUGAGGUCGAGCAGAAUUCACGAAUUCAUGGCGUGGUGGCAGGAUGAGGUGGCCUCGUAG